AUGAGCCCUGAGAAUGGAGACGAGAGAGAUAAGAUCAGCGAAUUAUCGUCACCGAGUGAAUUGGUCGAGAAAGCUAAGACAGAAGAGUCGAAAGAUCUUGCAGUGACUUUCCUUGCAUCCCCCGUAGAUCGCUAUGGCUUUCUCGUCACUGAUAAGCGAUUUCAUGAUAGUCAUCACAUUUACAAGCAUGCAGUUUGGUUAGAGAAUCGUCGUACACAGAAGUGGCUUAAAAUGAUCGGUAAACAGCUUGAAGACUGGGAAAUCUGCCGAUUUCGGCAUGCUGCUAUUUUAAAGAAACGAAUUCGUAAAGGAAUUCCAGAAGCUUUGCGUGGUCGUGUGUGGAGUUAUCUUGCUGGAUCUUCACAAAUGUUAUCUAAUAAUUCAGGCAUUUACCAUCAAUUAGUCCAAACGAUUGGGGUACCUUGCGAAGAAACUAUUGCGCGGGAUAUUGGACGUACUUUUCCAAAACACACACUUUUUCGUGAUCGUUCUUCAUUAGGUCAAUGUGCAUUGAUGAAUAUGCUUAAAGCAUAUUCAUUACACGAUCCAGAAGUUGGGUAUUGUCAAGGAAUGGGAUUUAUUUCAGCUAUGUUUCUUUGUUAUAUGCCAGAACAACAAGCUUUUUGGUUGCUUGUAGCAUGUUUGAAUCAUAAACGGUAUGGACUCGCCGAUCUCUAUCGUCCGCGUAUGCCCAAAGUAUUAGAGGUGACUUAUGUCUUUCAAGGACUUUUGAAACAACAAAUGCCACAUCUUUCAACUCAUCUUGAGAACGAAGGCUUACAUCCGACUAUGUAUCUCACUCAAUGGUUUCUUACUUUAUUUACAUACAAUUUUCCUUUUGACCUGGUUACACGAGUCUGGGAUGCUUUUCUACACGAAGGAUGGAAAGUCAUUUAUCGCGUUGCUCUAGCACUUAUGAAGAUCUCUCAAAAGAUUUUGAUGAAUUCCAAGUUUGAAAGUAUCAUGGAAUAUUUUCGCGAUCUCCCCAAUAAGGUGGACACUGAUGACGUCUUGGCUAUAGCAUAUCGAAUGCCGAUCAAACGAGCUCAAAUUUCUCAAUUAAUGGAUGAAUAUUUCAGCUCAUGUGAAGCUUCAUAA